UUCGAAUGAGCUAUUGGAGUCUGACAACAGCAGGAGGGAAUGGAGAAAAGGGUUCCUAGCGAGAUAACAAGAACAUUUUAAUUCAGGACGGCCAAAUAAAGACAUUAUAUUAGGUCACCGAUAGAUGACAUGGAGGGCUGCCGUUGGCCCAGUUCAUGUGACUGGUUUGACUGAAACCCAAGUUUUUAAGAUUGUAUCAAGACGAAUUGGUAGAGUUGACCCUGACUGGUCAUCUACUGCUCUAAAGGUCGUUCAGAAGAGUGAUGUGGGCCUCCCACCGGAGCUGAUGGCACGUGAGUGAGAAUGAGGCCCAGGAUAAGAGCGUCCUGCUCGUGCUGCAGUGUCAGAGACUGAGACCCAAUCUUAAGCUUCGGAGCAGCAGGAUGAAAUGAGAUAAGCACUGGACGACUGGAGGCUAUCCUGCUCUUGACCCCCCCCUCCUCCCCUCAUCAGCCCCGUAGGCAUGGCUGGACUACAGCUGGUGACCCCCGCGUCCUCCCCCAUGGGGCCUUUCUUCGGUCUCCCAUGGCAACAGGAAGCUAUCCAUGACAACAUUUAUACACCAAGGAAAUAUCAGGUUGAACUUCUUGAAGCAGCUCUUGAACACAAUACUAUUGUCUGCUUAAAUACUGGCUCAGGGAAGACCUUUAUUGCAGUACUCCUUACAAAAGAGCUCUCCCACCAGAUUCGGGGAGACUACUGGGAGAACGGCAAGAGGACCGUUUUUCUGGUCAAUGCAGCGUUGUCUGUGGUUCAGCAAGCAGCUACUGUUCGGACACAUUCCGACCUCCGAGUUGGCGAGUACACUGAGGAAAGUACUUCCUGGACGUCAGAAAGAUGGAGCCUAGAAAUUUUCGAAAAUCAGGUGCUCGUUAUGCCUUGCCACAUCUUCCUCCACGUGCUCCAGACCGGCGUGCUGCCGCUGUCCAAAAUCAACCUGGUGGUGUUUGACGAGUGCCAUCUAGCCAUCACGGACCAUCCCUACAGAGAGAUAAUGAGGGUUUGUGAUGGCUUCCCGUGCUGUCCUCGCAUCCUCGGUCUGACCGCCUCCAUCCUGAAUGGGAAGUGUGACCCCUGCGACCUGGAGGAGAAGAUCCUCAACCUGGAGAGGAUCCUGAAGAGCAACGCAGAAACUGCCACAGACCUGGUCGUCUUGGACCGAUAUGCUUCCCAGCCCCGUGAGGUUGUCCUGGACUGCGGCCCAUUUGAGGAUAAGAGUGGCCUGUCCGAGCGGCUCCUGACGGAGUUGGAAGAGGCCCUGCACUUCCUCAACGACUGUAACCUGUCCGCACAGCGGGAAGACCGCGACCCCACCUUCAUCUCCAAGCAGGUGCUGGCGGACUGCCGGGCGGUGCUGAUGGUGCUCGGGCCGUGGUGCGCGGACAAAGCGGCGGGCAUCAUGGUGCGCGAGCUCCAGAAGUACAUCAAGCACGAGCAGGAGGAGCUCAACCGCAAGUUCCUGCUGUUCACCGACACCAUCCUGCGCAAGGUCCACGCGCUCUGCGAGGAGCACUUCUCCCCGGCGUCGCUCGACCUUCGCUUCGUCACGCCCAAGGUCAUCAAGCUGCUGGAGAUCCUGCACGAGUACAAGCCCUUCGAGCGGCAGCAGUUUGAGAGCGUCGAGUGGUACAACAACCGCAACCAGGACAACUACGUGUCCUGGAGCGACUCGGAGGACGAAGACGAGGACGAGGAGGUUGAGACCAAGGAGAAGCCCGAGGCCAACUUUCCCUCGCCGUUCACCAACAUCCUGUGCGGGAUCAUCUUCGUGGAGAGGCGCUACACAGCUGUGGUGCUCAACCGGCUCAUCAAAGAGGCAGGGAAGCAGGACCCUGAGUUGGCCUACAUCAGCAGCAACUUUAUCACAGGCCACAGCAUCGGCAAGAACCAGCCUCGCAACAAACAGAUGGAGGUGGAGUUCAGGAAACAGGAGGAGGUGCUCCGUAAAUUCCGUGCACAUGAAACCAACCUGCUCAUUGCGACCAGCAUCGUGGAGGAAGGCGUCGAUAUCCCAAAGUGCAAUUUGGUGGUCCGGUUUGACCUGCCGACAGAGUACCGGUCCUACGUGCAGUCCAAGGGCCGCGCGCGCGCUCCCCUCUCCAACUACAUCAUGCUCGCUGACAGCGAGCGGACGAAAGCCUUCGAGGAGGAUCUCAAAACCUACAAAGCUAUAGAAAAGAUCCUGAGGAACAAGUGCUCAAAGUCGGCUGAGGUUGGCGAGUUUGAGGCAGAUCCUGUACCGGACGACGACAACAUUCUGCCUCCGUAUGUCCUCCGGUCAGAAGACGGGGGCCCGAGAGUUACAAUCAACACUGCGAUCGGACACGUCAACAGAUACUGUGCCAGACUCCCCAGCGACCCCUUCACCCAUCUGGCCCCCAAGUGCAAGACGGCGGAGCUGAAGGAUGGACUCUACCAGUCAACCCUCUACCUGCCAAUCAACUCGCCCCUCAGGGAGCCAGUGAAGGGGCCUGUGAUGAACUGUGCAAGACUUGCUGAGAAAGCAGUGGCUCUUCUUUGUUGUGAAAAGCUGCACAAAAUCGGGGAGCUGGAUGACCACCUGAUGCCCGUGGGCAAGGAGACGGUGAAGUACGAGGAGGAGCUGGACCUGCACGACGAGGAAGAGACCAGUGUGCCUGGCCGGCCGGGGUCAACCAAGAGGAGGCAGUGCUACCCCAAAGCCAUACCGGAGUGUCUUCGGGACAGCUACCCGGUCCCUGAGCAGCCGUGCUACCUGUACGUGAUCGGCAUGGUCCUCACCACCCCCCUGCCUGAUGAGCUCAACUUCAGGCGCAGGAAGCUCUACCCCCCAGAGGACACCACGCGAUGCUUUGGCAUCCUGACCGCCAAACCCAUACCCCGGAUCCCACACUUCCCAGUGUACACGCGCUCCGGCGAGGUGACCAUCUCCAUCGAGCUGCAGCGCUCGGGCUUCCUGCUGUCGCCGGCCCAACUGGAGCUGAUCACGCGCCUGCACCAGUACAUCUUCUCCCACAUCCUGCGGCUGGAGAAGCCCGCGCUCGAGUUCAAGCCCACCGAGGCCGACGCCGCCUACUGCGUGCUGCCGCUCAACGUCGUCGAGGAUUCCAACACUCUGGAUUUGGACUUCAAGUUCAUGGAAGACAUUGAAAAAUCGGAAGCUCGUAUUGGCAUCCCAAACACCCAGUACACCAAGCAGAACCCUUUCACCUUUAAACUGGAGGAUUACCAGGAUGCAGUCAUCAUUCCAAGGUAUCGCAAUUUUGACCAGCCUCACCGCUUUUAUGUUGCGGACGUCUACACGGACCUUACCCCGCUCAGUAAAUUCCCAUCGCCGGAAUAUGAGACCUUCGAGGAGUACUACAAAACCAAGUACAACCUGGACCUGUCCAAUCUCAACCAGCCGCUGCUGGACGUGGACCAUACGUCCUCAAGGCUGAACCUGUUAACUCCUCGCCAUCUGAACCAGAAGGGAAAAGCCCUGCCCCUGAGCAGUGCUGAGAAGAGGAAGGCCAAGUGGGAAAGCCUGCAAAACAAACAGAUCCUGGUUCCUGAGCUGUGUGCCAUCCACCCGAUUCCCGCCUCUCUGUGGAGGAAGGCGGUGUGCCUACCCAGCAUUCUCUACCGCCUGCACUGCCUGCUCACUGCCGAAGAGCUGCGAUCUCAAACUGCCACGGACGCCGGCGUUGGGGCCCAGAACUUACCCCCUGACUUCAGGUAUCCCAAUCUGGAUUUUGGGUGGAAGAAGUCCAUCGACAGCAAGGCUUUCAUUUCCUGUCCCGAGCACAGCGAUCACUGUAAACACGGAUCGCCGUCACCGACGCCCUCUGACCCCGAGGAGACCCCCCUACCACACGAGAACUGCAACGCACCAGACGAAAAGCUAGAGCCGCCCUCGCCCCCCCUGUCGGACACGCUGCCGGCACCACGGCUGCAGUUGCCGCAGGAGGGCCGAGGCGACCUUCGAGACUGCGUGUGCUCCGGGAACCUCCUCAAUGGCACCGGACCGGAGACCCUCGAGACGGCGGCGGCGGCGGCAGAGGCGGAGACCACUACCUCACUUCCUGUGCAGUCCCCUCCCCCGAGCGGCGGCGCGCACCAGGCCCAGCCUCCACCCCUGGCCAGCCAUGAAUGUAAGCCCGACGGGACCCCGGACCUCUGCGACGGACUCGUGAAGCAGAAGAAGAAACCUACCUCAGACUGUUGCCCCGCUGUCGCCAUCGCCACCACCGAGACCACCGUCGCCGCAGCAACGACCCCGACCCCGACCCCGACCCUCAGCACCGCAGCACCUUCGCCUGCCCCCGGUCCCACGCCGGCAGCGGUGGAGUCGCCAAAGGCGCUGGGCCCCAACCCCGGGCUCAUCCUGCAGGCGCUCACGCUCUCCAACGCCAGCGACGGCUUCAACCUGGAGCGGCUGGAGAUGCUGGGCGACUCCUUCCUCAAGCACGCCAUCACCACCUACCUGUACUGCACCUACCCCGACGCCCACGAGGGACGCCUGUCCUACAUGCGCAGCAAGAAGGUCAGCAACUGUAACCUGUAUCGUCUGGGCAAAAAGAAAGGCCUACCCAGUCGCAUGGUGGUGUCCAUCUUCGACCCGCCAGUCAACUGGCUGCCCCCUGGCUACGUGGUCAACCAGGACAAGAGCAGCACGGACAAGUGGGACUCGGACGAGACUAAGGAGGACCUGGCAAACGGGCGAAGCGGCAUCGAGGACGAAGACGAAUACGACGACGACGAGGACGACGAAGAGGAGGUGGCGGAGGUGACUAUGGGCGGCGGCGGCGGAGGAGGAGACGCGAACCCGCCCUGGAAGGAGGUGAAGGACGGGAGCGUGAGCGCGGAGGAGGAGGAGCUGGAGUACGACCAGGAGCACAUCCGCUUCAUCGACAGCAUGCUCAUGGGCUCGGGCGCGUUCGGCAAGAUCUCGCUGGGCACCUUCCCCCCGGCCGACCCCUGCCCGCAGUGGCGCGCCCCCCGCAAGUCCCCGCUCUUGACCAGCGCGCACGCCGCGGGGGACACUGGCGGCGGUGGGGUCGGUGUCGGCGGCGCCGAGGAGUUCGACUACAGCUCCUGGGACGCCAUGUGCUACCUCGACCCCAGCAAGGCGGCCGAGGAGGACGACUUUGUGGUGGGCUUCUGGAACCCGUCGGAGGAGAGCUGCGGCGGCGAGCUGGGCAAGCAGUCCAUCUCAUACGACCUGCACACGGAGCAGUGCAUCGCCGACAAGAGCAUCGCCGACUGCGUGGAGGCUCUGCUCGGCUGCUACCUGACCAGCUGCGGCGAGCGCGCCGCCCAGAUGUUCCUCUGCUCGCUCGGACUCAAGGUGCUGCCCGACGCCAAGGCUGGCGAGCUGGUCGUGGCCCGCGUCGCUCACGGCAACGGCCAGAGCCUCGGCGAGCCGCAGUACGGCUGGCUGCAGAUCCCGCCGCGCUGCAUGUUCGAUCAUCCGGACGCCGAGCGCACGCUUGUACACCUCAUCUCUGGCUUUGAGAACUUUGAGGCCAAGAUCAACUACACGUUUCAGAACAAGGCCUACCUACUGCAGGCCUUCACCCACGCCUCCUAUCAUUACAACACUAUCACAGAUUGUUACCAGCGAUUGGAGUUCCUCGGCGAUGCAAUUUUAGACUACCUCAUAACGAAGCACCUUUAUGAAGAUCCGCGGCAGCAUUCGCCCGGUGUGCUGACCGAUCUGCGCUCAGCCCUGGUCAACAACACCAUCUUCGCCUCCCUGGCCGUGAAGUACGACUACCACAAGUACUUCAAGGCCGUCUCGCCCGAGCUCUUCCACGUCAUCGAUGACUUUGUGCAAUUUCAGCUGGAGAAGGAUGAGAUGCAAGGCAUGGACUCUGAGCUUCGCCGCUCCGAGGAAGACGAGGAGAAGGAGGAGGACAUCGAAGUCCCGAAGGCCAUGGGGGACAUCUUUGAGUCGCUCGCUGGAGCUAUCUACAUGGAUAGCAUGAUGUCUCUGGAGACUGUUUGGCGAGUGUAUUAUCCAAUGAUGCGGCCACUUAUAGAAAAAUUUUCUGCCAAUGUUCCUCGUUCUCCUGUGCGUGAGUUGCUGGAGAUGGAGCCAGAGACGGCUAAGUUCAGCCCUGCGGAGCGCACCUAUGACGGGAAGGUGCGCGUGACGGUGGAGGUGGUGGGGAAGGGCAAGUUCAAGGGCGCGGGCCGCAGCUACCGCAUCGCCAAAUCGGCCGCCGCCCGCAGGGCCCUGCGCAGUCUCAAAGCCAAUCAACCUCAGGUCCAGACCAGCUGAGCUUACCGCACACACACACACACACACACACACACACUCUCACUCAUACACCCAUACACCCCUGCUUUCGACACCAGUCUCCAAGUAGCGAAGACAUCCUGGCAACAACGACUGUGCUUUUUUGUUUGUUUCCCCCUUUUCAGAAAGAGAACGACUUUGCAAAGUUGAUUUGAUUUACCUUUGUUUUUGUUUAUUUUUUUAUUUUAUUUUUUCAUUUUGCGCAAACACAAUCCGUACUUCCCCUCGUCCUCCUCCCAGGUUUUGUAUUUUCCAUCAGAAAUGUGGUUUAUUAACACAUCGCUAGUGUCCAGAAGGAGAGAAAGGUCAGGUCUCGCUUUUUUCUGGGUUUGUUUGUUUGUUUGUUUGUUGUUGUUGUUGUUUGUUUGUUGUCUUUCCUUUUUUUUUUCCUCGUCAAAUUAACCUCUGCUUAAAGUUAGUGGGUAAAGAGGCUUAUGCUUAAAGUAGUGAUAGAAUGUACUGUGGAAACGUAUCCCAAAACGGAAGAGAAAUAGAAACGCUAACUCCUCAGUCGGUGCACUAGUGCCAGUUUUAAAGCGGUUUUUACAAAUGGUGUGGCAUAGCAAGAGACAAGGGUGUUCGGAAUGCAGUCGGACAGACCACCCUUUGGGCAGUGAGGUAUCUUAAUCGUUAUUGCACUUCCACUAGGGUCUGCUUGUGUCUUCAGCUUAAUCGUGACCAUUUUUGUCUGAUCAGCACCAAAUCUGUAAUUUUUUUUUUUUGCCUUGGAGAAAGGAAAAACAGUUCUCCCUCAUAUCCUUUGUCACGGAUAGGAAUUCAACAUUCCCAAUGUACUGUCAUUGAAAUUGUUUUUAAAUGAACAGCACUCGAAGUUGCAUGUUUGUGUUGCUAUAUGUUAUCAUAGCCAAUUGGAUGGAUUAUAUAAAUGCUGUAGUGCUACCAAUUAUGUGUAGAGAACAAUAUGAGAUGUUUAUCACGACACAAGUCGCUAUCAUUGGUUUCAAUAAUGUCUUUUGAUACCAAGAAUAUUUACAUUUAGUUUUUGGUGAUUAUAAGCAUUAGAUGCUCCAUUGACUGACUUAUUUAGUUUUGAUAUUAUAACAAAAAAAAGAGACAUAUCACUUGGGAAAUAUGCUGCAAAUUUUAUAUAAAAAAAGUUAAAAAAAAUAAUUGGAUACUUCUCUGAGACACAAAGCACCUUUACAUACAGUCUAUGGGACAUUCAAUAUUUUUACUAGACAACUUGUAUCUCAUGCACUUCACUUACCAAAGCUAAAGUUGAUGCGACGUCUAAAAGGCUUCAUGUGAAAUCCGACAUGAGUAAUUCACAGACAUAGGCACAUGGAAGCCAGCCUGUUGUGUUGUUUUCAUUUAGGUAAAACAAGUGACAUAACCUUUUGUCUAGCUUUUGAUUUGUGUUAAUAGGCAUUCUUCACUUGAAUACCUCAGUUAAUUGCAUGCAUUUUCUUUUUUUUCGGUGCUAUGUUUAUUAUUAAGCUUGAAUUUCUCAUCUUUUGCACUGUAACUAUAAUACCUCUUUUAUUUUACCUUUUGAAAUCUGUUGGGUUGGUUGUCCUGUUCUGUCAGCAGUCAAAGUUUGCUUAAUUGUUGUUGUUUUUGUUUUGUUUGGUUUUGUUUUGUUAUUUCAACCUCCCCUUGUUUGGAAUUAAGGAAUUCGUGCUCAAACACCAUGGAAACGCGUAGACAUCAACGAGCACAUAGGAGCCUUCUGUCUUGCGUUAACACGUUCUUCUGUCGAACUUAGUUGGCUCGUGGAGCGACCAGAACUGCGACGCUGACGUGAUGUUCACUUGACACUUGUGUUGAUGGGCGAUUAACAGGUUGCACUCACCAGUCUUUGAUUUACCUCGCUAAUUCUAGCCUCAGUCACUUGAAGCUGUUCUCAUCACCCUUCUUCUCAAAGUCGUACCAGUUUUCUCUAGAUCUGUGAUUCUCCCAGGAUUACCAAAGUGAAAAUGGAAAAGAAAGAAAGAAAAUAGAUUUACAAAUUUGAAUGCGGUAGUGAAAAAUUUGAAUUUGAUUUUUUUUUUCUUCCUUUUUUGUUUUAAAUGCUGUAGUCCAAUCGGAACGAUUCAGGAAUGGGCCAUUGUGGAAAAAGGGGCAAGUGGAAUUGCAAAGGCACAUAAAUACCUGGAUGUGCUGCUACCUCACAAUACUGCAGUCCGUUUCUCAAAAAGUAUUUGAGUCAAUCAUGGUGAAUACAGUUAAGGAUUAUUCACCAAUAUAAUGGCAUCAGGGCAUCAAUACAUAUUCAUGUUCGCUUCGACCAUAUUUUCGAUGUUUAGUUGGAAACUGGCAGUGUAUCAUAAACAUAUUUGUUGGGUACGUAAACGACACUUUUUUUUGCACUGAUGAGACAUUCCCUCAAACUCUUCUCACCCUUGUGUAUUUGUACCAGAGUGUGAGCUUCUGCGGUGCCUUCGGUCACUGUGCUCCCAACUGAAUACGUCGCCUCCAGCGAUCCUACCUGUACGUGCUGCAGUGAACUGCUCGCAGUACCAUAUGUCGGUCGUUACAAAACGAGAUGCUCAUCAUUCCAAUGCGCAUGGGUAACACGAUACAACUUCCCCCUAUGCCCCUCAGUCCCUCAGUGUUGGCCAACCACAAUAUUUUUUUUUUAAAAAAUAGUUAAUAAACGUUUUAUGGAUUCUGUCACUUGAGUGCAUCCUUUCAAAACUUUCUGUUGCCACUGAGAUCUAAAGUAGGCAUUUGUUUUGGCCCACCAAUCGAGUGCAAUCCUGUUUCUUUUCUCAGGCAAGAGUUGAGUGACCGUUACAAGUUUGUCAGUUACGAUUCAAAGCCUUUUCGUCGAUUCGCUUUUUUGUUUUUUUCGCAAACUCAGUACCUGACUGGGGUUAUUCACUGAGCUCUAGCAUGAAGGUAGAGAAUCUGAGUGAUGUAUCCUUAAUACCCUCUGAUGCUCGACCCCAGAUCAUUCUACUUAGUUUCCGCCUGUUUUUCUGUUACUGUUGCAUAUGGCACUCAUUUAAAAUCCUAUCGUUAGUAUUAUAUGGUAACAGCUUAUUAAAGAAUGUGAAAUCACUGAUAUGGUGCCGCACCCACACAAUCAUUUCUUCUCACAGAAAGGACUGUAAUCACCUGAUGAAAUCUUGCAAGCUAGAUUCCCGCACAGCAAGCGACUCUGGCGUGGACUCGACCCUAAUCGGGCCUGGACCUGUGCUAAGCCCAGUCCAGACCCGUUCAGGAGCCUCUCCAGUGUCGGCCUCUCUCGAGGUUAGGGCCUAGGUGGCGUGAUUUGCCUACGAUCGGAGUGUUAUGUUUUAGCCAAAAAAAAGAAGAACGAAGCCUAAACUAGGUGUCAUUAUUCCUCGCUGGAAAUGUUGAUCUAAAGGUAUUCCUCCAUCACAUGCUGCCGACUGGGUUUCCUCACUGGCGGAGAUUUGUCUUUCUUUUUUUGUUUGUUUUGUUUUAAGUUUGCUUUUUUUGUACAUGUAGCACAAAUGAGCAUUGCACUUGGGCGCCAUACUUUACCUCAUGUCAGAAAGAAAAAAAAAAGUGUAUAUAUAUAUAUAUAUAAUGCCGUUACGUUUAAAGGAAUAACUUGUGGUUUUGGCCUUGCUGCUGUUUCAAUUGCUGGUAUUUUACAAUUGUAUUUAAGAAAAUGCGAUCAGAAAGCUACAACGUGCCUGCAGGUCAUCUGAUAAAAUACACUGUAGAAGAAAAAUGUAGGGAAUCUUUACAAUCUGGGGCUCAAUGUAUGUCUUGUGUAUACAUUAUGUCCAGCCUUAAUGUAAUACCUUGAAUAUAAAAUUGUAAUAUAACCCACAAAACUACCAAGUCCUAUGACAGGCAUGACUUGAAUUGUUUAGUCAAUGACCCCCCCCCCCCUCCCCCCCCCUCUUUUUUUGUUAGAUUACAUUUGACAAGGUAGUACCAGAUGUUAUGUAGUGCAUGUGGAAGACCCCCCCCCCCCCCCCCCCUCCCUCUCUCCCAUACACACACACACACACACACACACACACGUAGCCCACUACCCCAGUAAUCCUCUGGUCAUUCUCCUAAAUGUAAUGUAGAGGUCUACUUCAACCACCCUCAGCCCCAGCAAUUUCUACCAAGGGCUUGUGUAUCAAUUUUUUUUCGGGGGGGACUGAACUGAAGGCCUUCAAGUAUAAAAAGAAUAUCUAUUUAAAAGAUAAAGAUGGAUAAAAAAAAAACAUUAUGAUAAACAAAAAAUUUGCUGUCAUAUUAAGAAGAGAAGUCAUGUGAUUAGGGAACGGAAUGUGACCUGGACUCUUGCGGAGUGUGAAUGUGGGUCGAGGGGGCCGAUCACCAGCUGAAUGAAGCGAAGGAAAGCGGAGAGGAGAGUGUUAUCUAGUCGUUUUUAACGGGGAAGGGAAAUGCCCACCAUUUCCAUCCCAUCUGCAGCAGAUGUUGUUUUAAGGGACAGGAGAGACCUCUCAUGCAUACUGUAAAUGUGCUGCAAUGGUUUGCGGUCUGCACCUUAUGGGUCACAAAUACCUUUAAUAUUUCCCCCUUUUUUGGAAAUAAUUGUAGCUGAGUAUAUCUACAAUAAAGUUAUGGUAUGGUCGUUCAA